AUGCAGACUACAUAUCAACUAGUUCAAAAGUUACAUGAAAUAUCCAUAAUAAAAGCCGAGGAACUUACAGAAUUACCGAAAGAACAAAUUAAAUCUGGCGAUCAAAGAUUUGACAAUCAAAUAGAUAAAAUUUAUCGCAAAAAUAGAGUAACGUUAAAACUACUACCAAAUGAACAAUAUGAUAGUCUAGAAGUUAAAAGAUUCAAACAACAAUUUAGACAAUUUGAACAUGAGAACAUUCUUAAAUUUUUUGGCUUUACAUACGUCCGUGAAUAUGCCAAUAAUGGAAAUUUGCGACUUUAUCUUCAAAAUCGGUCAAAAAUCUCUCCAAUCACAUGGAACGAAAAAUUAACGCUAACUCGUCAGAUUGUCAAUGGAUUAAAUUUUAUUCAUAGCAAAAACAUUGUUCAUUCUGAACUGCAUCCAAAUAAUAUAUUUGUAAAUGAUUCGAUCCCGAAAAUAACCAAUAUCGGAAUUUCGAUAAUUAAAACACCAUCUGGUCUUCCAUACACACCGUAUAGUUCUCCCGAACUUAUAGAUAAACGCGAAAUAAGUGAUAAAACAAAGCUAAAUAUUUACAGUUUGGGUGUUCUUCUGUGGGAAAUAUCUAGUGAUGGUCGCGAACCUUUUCAAGGAAACUAUGACAUAAAAUUAGCCGUUCGAAUAAUUAAUGAUCAAAGACCUAAUUGUUCUAAAGUGCUUGAAGAACUAGAAAAUAUAUCCGACAAGGAAGAACUAAAAGCUAUAUCCGACAAGGAAGAAUAUAAAGAAAACAAAACUGAAGAAGAAAGUCACAAUAAUAAAGAUAUUCGUAUGAAUAACCCUUCUGGAAAAGAUCUCUUUUUAGAUAUCGAGACUAUAGAAAAAACAGUUAAAAGAAAAAAGCAUUUUAAAAAACAUUUUCGUUUAACCGAAGGUCGCAAUCGUGGUAAUUAUGAUUUAGUUUAUGCAGAGAAGAAUAUUUUGGCUAGCAACGAAGAAGUUAGAACAGAGAAAUGUGAUUUUGUUCCAACUAUCUAUCUCGCAAAAACAAAUGUCGAGCCUUGGAGAAUUUUAAAUGAACUUAGUAUAUCGCCACUCCCUGACAACAAAAAUCCAUUUGCUGAUGCAGAUAUUAUUAGGAUUCAAAUUCCAGUUGGGUCUAUAGUGUAUCAUCCUGUAUUAAAUAAAGAAUUCAUUAAAGAAGUCCGAGAUGCACUUAAUAUCUCAAAUAUUGAUGAAAAAAGGAAGAAAUUAAUGGAAAUAUUUGAUUUAUAUGGCAGAUAUGUAAUCACUAAAGUCAUUCUUGGCGGUGCCAUAACAAUUAAUAGUUCGGAGAUUGCCAAUAAAAGUGUGGAGGAGCGUUUACAAGCAUACCUUCGCUGGGGCACAAGCUACGCGAAAGGUGAAGCACAAUCUAUAUUUGAAUAUGCUAUAUUUGAUGACUUUCCAUCUAUCGAAUUUUCACCAUCGAAAUCCAUAAAAAGCGUUAAAGAUUUAAACGCUUGGUUGAAAGAUUUAUAUAAUUGCGAUAAUAUCGCUAUCAUAUCGUAUGAAGAAUAUAAACAAUCAUAUGAACUUUUGGAUAAGAAAUUAAAAGAUGAAAUAUUGUCUUUUUUUCCUAGAAUAUCUAACAAUGAAUCUCUCCCAAGACUAAUCCCACAACUUCCAAUAAGAUAUAGUGAGAUCAGUCUUUCACAAUGGAUAUCAAAGCCUUCAUUAUUAUUAUAUGUGCGUGAUUGGAUAGAAGAACUUUCAUUUCGGUGUGGAUUGUUUUUGAGGCGUUCAACGACAGGAUUUGGAAGGGUCGCCUUUAGAUUUUCGAAAGAACCUAAAAUUACUCCCAUACAUCAAAUUAUUGUUUCAUUGAUACAUCCUCAAACUCAGCAAAUGGCCUAUUUAUUAGAGAACGACUUUAACAUUAAAAAAGCAGAUAAUCUAAAAUUUAAUGAAAUUCCUUUCAUUGAUUGCACUUCUGCAUUAAAUUAUCCGUUGGAAGAUUUUAAAUAUUCUGAAAAACAAAUUUCAAAUAAAAUUUAUUGUCAAAUUAAAUACCUUGCGGCUGAAAUCUCAUUUGAUUUAAAAAUUAUCACUCCAACAGAAUCGUGUUUACAAGAAACGAAAUCAGCUGUUGAAAGUUUCCAACCAUAUGAAAAUCUUUCUAAAGUAUUCGGAAAUAACUAUGGACAUAUAUGGCCAAAAACUCUAAUCAUCGGUGGAACUUUAUCAAGCACAUAUGAUUUAGGUAAUCAUGUAGACGCUAUAGAUAUACAAGAAAUUAUUGGAGAAAAUAAAUUUGAUUCAUCACAAAAAAUAAUCGAACAGCAUCUAGGCGAAUGGGAAAAAAAAUUUGGUAUUGAUACUACUUUAUUUCUUAGUAAUGAUGGAAAAGCUAUCGGAAAAGAUGAUAUUAAAGAUUGGGUUGAAUCUCUAAAAAAUAAACCCGAAAAUUGGAAAAUUGCUUCUAUUGAAGAUUGGAUCCCAACUUAUAAAGGUUUAUCAAAACAGUUGCGAGAAGAAAUAGAGCUUAUCUUGGAUAAUAUGUACCAUAUUGUUUCCAGUGGAGAAAGUAUGCUAUCACGCGAUGAUCAGGCUGGCAUGACUAUUAAAUUUCCAGGUAUAGAUAAAAGUUGUUUAUUUAUUAGUCGCCGACUAUCAAUUAUUGAUGAUGAUGGAUCAUUUUUUAUAGGACCAUUAACAGAUGAUGAUUAUCGAAUUUAUGGAAAUAUCGUUAAGAAAAAUUCCGAAAAUCUAGAGUCUUGGGAGGUAAUUUCAGAAGCAUCAAUUACGUUUACUCAUCUUAAUGAAAACGGGUGUAAUGUAAUCAUUCAUAAAAAUAGUGAUAUAAGGUUAAAAAAAGAUGAAACAAUGAUAAUAUGGUUCGUUAUUGCCAAAACAAAAGGCUACUGUAGAUUUGGCUUCAGAAGUUGUAAAGUUACUUGUGGAACAGAAGAUAUCUAUUUCACUAAAAAAGACGUCAAAAAAGAUGUAUCCAUAAAAACCGAUGCAAUUUCCACAAAUUAUGUUUUUGCAAUUUCAUUUCUCCAUGAGCCAAUGAGUGAUCUGACUUUUUAUUAUGAUAUUAAGUUUAAAUAUUGGUCCAAAAAUACAAUUGCCUUAGAAAUUGAAAAAGUGAAGAAAGAUAAGGAUAUCCUUGUGAAGAAAGAUCAAAAAGAUACCCCCAUAGAUGAUUUAGAGCAUACAUCGGAUGAUGAUUUAGAAGAAAGUGCAGAUGACAAAAAAGAAACUACUAAAAAUCAACAAAAACAAGAACUUCAAGAGAAGAUAUCUUUCCAUUGGUGUAUAAUUAACACAAAGGAAAAAAUACUAAAAAAUAAUAAUAAAGAAGCACGUCCAUGGAAUUUAUACGGGAACAUUUUGGAUGAAGAUUUAAGAAAAGAAAUUGAAUCUAACUAUUAUGGGCCGAGUUAUUCACCAAUGCCAUUAGAAGAAGCGAUUGAACAACAUGAAAUUUCAAAUGGUAAUACAUUAAAUGCAUGGAAAACUUUCAUUAAACUAUGGAAAGAUGAUUGCAAUGUUGAUGUAACAUAUUGGAUAGGAUAUUAUAUUGAAGAGAAUAUUCUAAAUGCACCAGAAAAAUUUUAUGCGGAAGUUCUUGAUGGAGAUAGUAUGGAACAAGCAGCAAUGAAAUUUUAUAAGGAAUCUGCCGAUAGUGUGAACCAAUAUAAUCAAUAUGGACAAUUGCAUUAUGCUCGUGGACUUUAUCAUGGAAUCGGAGUUCUUGAGGAUAAACGAGAAGCAAAAGGAUAUUUUAAACAAUCAGCAGAGCAGGGCAACCUUGAUGCAAUGUUUUAUCUUGGUUUUCUUUUGCGUUUAGACGAAAAUCCAGAAGGAGAAGAAUGGAUCGUACGGGCAGCUGAACGUGGUUAUAAAAAAUCUAUAAAAUUUUGUAAUGAAAAAGAUAUUAAAUUUAAGCAAUCAUAA